UCGGGCAGCAGAUACUCUCUCGACAUCGGCCAAGUCCACAAACAACUAGACUACCAGUCAGUCUCCCAGAAGAGAGAGACACAACAACUAAACAUCCAAUCAACAGCAAAGUGAAAGCGGCAUCACUUGCGACCACUCAUAAACAACAACAAAAGGAAAGAGCAUAACCUGCCUUUCACUCACGCCUACCAGCGCCUUCCGCCCUUGUCCACACAAACCAACAACAUGGCAUCUACCCCGCCUCAAAUACGGCAAGAACGGCCAGAGUCGCCUGAUUCGGAUCUAAGCACCGCUUCUCCAGCCGGCAGCGAGCACAACCGCAGCUCUUACUUUGGCGGGGACGACUCUUUUGACCACAACAUUCAGUCACCUCAGUCACCUCGGUCGCCUCAAUCGCCUCGAUCGCCUCAAUCGCCUCGAUCGCCUCAGUCGCCUCAAUCACCUCGAUCACCUCGAUCACCUCAGUCGCCUCAGUCGCCUCAGUCGCCUCAGCUCCUUUCGCCUCUUCAACCAGUGCGCUCAACGCCCAUCGUCCCUAUCAUGGACAACAACAGCAACACAAGCGGUGGCCCGGACAGCGACGAUGACCACCUGGCCAACAGCCCUAGUGACCACGGCAAUAACGCAGAGCCGACAGUCACCCAGUUCCAACAGGAUCAACAAGACCGCUCCUCCCCUCCCCCCUUCCUCCCUGCCACCGUUUUCCAAGGCAGCAACAAGAAUCACAACUCACAGCGCCCCCAGGUCAAGACACCUGAGCCGCGCAACAACACCACCACUCCCACCAAUGAACCGAUUACCAUCACCAACCAGAACAGUAGCAACCAAGGCAACCACAACCACAGCCUUUAUCAGACCCUCAACCCAAUCAAAACCUCCAUCAACCCAACCCCUCGGAGCAUUCUCGCCGCGCACACUCUUUCGUCGCCCAGCACUCCAGGCACUCUGCCCAAUUUUGACUGGGACGACUUCGUUACGCGCUACACCGAGUCCCUCUCAGCCGCCGAUGCCCAAGAGCAAGAACUCCUUGAAGAGUUCCAGCAGCUGGUCCAGUACUUCAACGUGUGGGCCUCAUCUUCUUCGGCUCACGACACGGACCGCGCCGUCAAGCGUCUGCAGACGCGCGAGCGGUACGUGCGCCUUUCGGAACAGAAUCUGGCGCAGCGGAGAAAGCAUUUGACAGAGGUGGUGAGGGCUUUUCAGAGCGCGCUGGCGCUGUUGAGUCAGUCUUCUUGAUGGCACAAUGAACCAUGUCUUUUGGUUGGGACAAGAAACAAAAUUGGUGGUUGAUCUCUAAGUGGUGGUGGUGAGGAGGAGGAGCGGCAGCAGUAUGAGCACAUGAUUGCUUUCACAGAAAAUGAAAGAAAAAAAAGAAGAAAAAAAGAAAAGAAAAAAAGGCGUGGUCCCCGUGGCGGCUUGACCGUGGGUCGGACUCAUGCCGUGGUGGAGGGUAGUAUGGAAGAGGGGAAGGCGUGAUCCCAAAGGCGGCUUUGACCGUGGGUCGGAUGCACGCCGUGGGAGGAGAAGUGAGAAGUGGGUUGUGUUCUUGCGUGGGUUUUUUUGGUGGUUUUGUCUAGAAUAGCUGUAGAUAGCUUGCCCCCCGGGCAGGUUGAGGGCCACGGGCCCGACAGGUAUGUUCACUUUUUUGCCUUUCCCCUUCUGUUUACCGCAGCUUUACUAACUCUUCUACAUGCCAGGGUCGGGGUCAAGGGGAAACUGGGGUGCAUGAAGAGGAAUCGGGGCGGGGGAGGAAGAAGGGUGCAGAUAGGGUGCGCAUCAUAUAGGUUGGGGAGAAUAGGCUUUUGAGUAUUGGUGAUGAGAAAAAAG